CCUGCGGCAGCGGCCAAUGUUUACAUCUGUCAUCAGCGGCGGGUCAAACGCCCAAUUUGAGCCGGCCCUUUUCGAACGAAGAGAAUGAUCGUGCGCGCCAUGAAGUACUUCAUUUGUCUGUUGUUGUGCACAGGCCAUUCUUUAAGUCAAGACAUAAAAGCAGAUCCUAAAAUAACCAUAGAUCCUGAUGGAGAAAUACCAGUGAUUGAAGGGUUUGGAGGAAACAUCGAUAUAGUUGAAGAUGAUGAUGUUUUAGUCCUAACAAGAGACAAUUUUUUGCAUGUCGUUAGCCCAAAAGAUGCUAUAUUAGUGGAGUUUUAUGCACCAUGGUGUGGGCACUGCCAACAAUUAGCCCCAGAGUAUGCAGAAGCUGCUAAACAACUGAAGGAAGAAGGGAUACGAAUUGGUAAAGUUGAUGCAACAAAGGAAACUGAGCUAGCUAAGGAACAUCUUGUGUCUGGGUACCCAACAAUUAAGCUUUUCAAGAAAGGGCAACCUGUUGAAGAUUACACUGGAGGUAGAACAGCUCAAGCAAUUGUGGAGUAUAUGCACAUGCACUCAGAUCCCAACUAUAAGCCUCCGCCAUCUGCAGUUUUGGUUUUGACCUCUACUAACUUUACUAAAACUAUAAAAUCUAAUAACCUUAUAUUAGUAGAGUUUUAUGCUCCCUGGUGCCGACAUUGCAAAGCUUUGGAACCUGAGUUUGAAGGAGCUGCUCGAAGUCUUCUGCCGCACAACAUCCCUCUAGCCAAAGUUGAUGGUCCAGAAGAGAAAUCUUUGGCUGAUGAAUACAGUGUACAAGGCUACCCAACACUGAUUGUAUUCCGUAAUGGAAGGUCAUUCGAAUUUAAGGGGAGAAGAGACCAAGCUGGUAUGGUAGAAUACAUGAAAGAACAAGCAAAAUUGCCAUCGAAAGAAGUAAGAACACUACGAGAAGCACAGAACAAUUUUGCUAGAACAGAUGCUAAUGUAAUAGGCUAUUUUACAGAGAAGAAUGAUAUGUUUGAAGAAUACAUCGGGGCUGCAAAUGAACUGAGAGAUAAGCUCCCGCUCUUCCAUACUUUUGAUGAAACAACUGCUGAACAGCUGAAGCUUAAGGCAGACACAAUCACCAUUUUCAUGCCAGAAAUUUAUCAUUCGAAGUAUGAGGAUAAAGUUUUUAAAUACACAAAGACAACAGGGACAUACAAAGAGAUAGCGCUAUGGAUUGCUAAGAAAAGUGUCCCACUUGUAGGACAGCGAACAAGGAGUAAUAUGAACUUCAAAUAUGAGACUAGGCCUCUUGUUGUUGUGUAUUAUGAUGUCAAUUAUUCUCAUCAAUAUGUUAAAGAUACUCAGUACAUCCGUAACAAGAUUUUGCCAGUUGCUGAUAAAAAUAGAGACAUUCUCUUUGCUAUAUCAAAUGAAGAAGAGUUUGAAGAAGAGUUAAAAAGCUUGGGUCUUGAAGAUUCUGGUGAAAAUGUCAAUGCUGGUGUUUGGUCAAGUACAUCCAAGUACCCUUUGAAUCCAGAGGAUGACUUCAGCACUGAUGUUUUAGAAGAGUUUGUGAAAGAUUUUAAAAAUGGCAAAUUAAAACCAUUUUUGAAAUCUCAACCAACACCCAAAAGACAGGAGGGUCCUGUUCGAGUGGUGGUUGCAAAUAGUUUUGAGGAUGAAGUUAUGAAAUCAAAGAAGGAUGUUUUAAUUGAAUUUUAUGCUCCCUGGUGUGGUCAUUGCAAGAAACUGGAGCCAGUGUAUAAAAAGCUUGCCAAGCACCUUGCAAAUUCCAACCCUGAUGUUGUGGUUGCCAAGAUGGAUGCAUCUGCCAAUGAUGUCCCAAGCUCUUUUAAGGUAGAAGGUUUUCCAACCAUAUACUUUUUAAAGGCAGGGGAAAAGGACAACCCCAUACAAUUUACUGGAGAAAGAUCAUUUAAAACAAUGAAGGAUUUUAUUGCUCAAGAGGCUACAAUAUUUGAUGAUGAAGAGGCAGGGAGCAGUGGAAAAGAUGAAUUAUAGUUGCUGCUUCUUAGCAAUAGGUGGAUAAAAUAUUUCUAAGAAUUAUUUGCUAAUUCUCUAGUUUCAAUUAAAUUUUAAGGUACAAAAGUAAUCCUGACAAAGCAGUCAGUGGAGUUUUAUAGCACAAGGUGUUAAUAUUAAUAAUAACUUUAGUUUUACUAAUGUUGGCACUUAUCCUUUUAGUCCAGUCCUUGGUUUGAAAGAUUUUAUAAUAUAACAAUACAUGUACUGUUAUUAAUCCAUGCCUCUGUUUAUGAGAGGGCUAUGCAAGGUUGUUCCUAAUUUUUUCAUUAUGGUGUGACAAACUUUAGAUGGUGUAAGAAAAUGAGAAUCUGUACAGCUUACAGCUUGUUUAUACUCCUUUACUAUGAACUUAAUUAGUUGACUGACAUGCUCAAUACAAUUGCCCUCCAGCCUGUUGAUUGAAGUUGUUAUUGAACAAAAUGUUAUUUUUGAAAUGCAAAAUCAGUACUUAGUCUGUGUAUCUUUUAUAAGAAUAACUUAAGUAUCAUGGGAUGUUACAUUUUCUCCUUUGUUUUUUCAUUCAUGCCAUGUCAACCCAUUAAUUUUACCUUGUAAAACCAAAGUAUGAUCAAUGUUUCCUGUGAUAUUAGGUAAAUUAAAACUGUAUUCUUUGGAUGCUUGGUGAUGAAUCAGUUACUAACCAAAUUUAUGCUGGCUAUUGUGCUAGACAGGGGUAUUUAUUUUAACAGUGAUUCCAAAAUAUUCAUAUAUAUAUAUAUUUUCUUUAUAGGAUCAAAACAUUUACUUAAAAGGGAAUUUUUUAAAAAAAUGUUCUCCAUUUACUAUGGCAGUUCAUAAACAUUCCAUAUGAAUCUUGCUGAUAGCAAGAGACCAUACUUAAUAGUACAUAAGUAAGAAGAUUCAGGAAAAUGAAUAGAAUGGCUUAUAUUAAACAUCACCAGCAAAAACCGUUCAAACUAAAUUCACAACCAUGCAUUAGAAGCAGCAUAGAAUCUAUGCUGUCCAUUAAUCUAAUAAUUCUCUAACUUUAAAGGUAGGGGAAAUAAAAUUAGUUGUGAAAUUUCAUGUCUUUUAUAUGAUUGUUUGACAAAAGCUAGAAGAUUAAAAACAAAACUCAUUGGUUUGUAUUCACUUUAGCUGUACUGCACAAGUCUGGUUGUGGUAAUUUCAUGAUUUAGUGUGUCAUGAUUUUGUAAUAAAGAGAAAAGUGGGAA